GCCAUCUUGUUAUACCAAACACAUUCAACCUACGAAAGCUGUGUUUAGGUUAAAUAUUGCAACUUAAUUAAGUUAUCAUUAACGAUACAGAUUGUGAAUUUAUGUGUUUAAGAAUGUCGUUAUUUUAAUUAAUUGUGCGUGACGUCCUUAAUAUCGCUAUAAUUCGUUAGGUGCUGUCGUGAAAAAAUAAUCAUGAGUGUGAUAAUAAGACUGCAGAACCUUCCUUGGUCAGCGAAUGCGCUAGACAUUAGGAAUUAUUUCCGUGGGCUUUCUAUCCCCGAAGGUGGAGUACACAUCGUAGGUGGCGAACUUGGCGAUGCGUUCAUAGCCUUCAGUACGGAUGAAGACGCGCGGCAAGCAAUGAUGCUAGAUGGCGGUAAAAUCAAAGAGAUUCAAGUGAAGCUGCUUCUGAGUUCCCGCUCAGAGAUGCACAAGGUCAUAGAAGCGGCGCGCCAAAGCGUGCCCCUCAUGAGCCUUGCUGCUCCUUCACCGGUGCCCACGCCUGUGACAGCCGCGCCCGUUCAACCAGCGGCACCCACCCCUCCUGCUAUCACCCCGUUCUCUGCAGCACUCGGCUCUAACUCCAUGUCAGGCUUUGGCAUCCCCGGUAUAGGCAAUCCACAAGAAAUACCUCAGCCCGCUGUAAUCGAACCACCUAUUCCACUCUUCAGCCCUACCCGUAGCCAAUCGCCUGAGGAAGAAAAGGAGAAGGAAUUAGACAAAUCGGAUAAAAAACGCAAGGAUGAUAGGCGGCGAACUAGAUCUCGCACUCGGUCGAGAUCACGGGAUAGAGACAGGAAAGAAAGAAAGAGAGAUCGCAGAGAUCGUUCCCGCUCCAGGGAUAGGAGGCGCCGUGACCGCAGUAGGAGCAGAGAUCGCCGCGAUCGCAAGAGAGAUAGGAAAGAUCGCAGCCGGUCCCGCGAUCGAUCACCUCGUCGAUCCCGCGAUAGACGAAACCUCGAUAAGAAAUCUCCACCACAGAACUCUCAAGAGAGAACCAUGGACGGUAUGAGCGACGCGAGCCGCUCGCCUUCACAUUACACUGCCAUGGCUGCGAGUAUCCAAGCUCAACUUGCUGCCCUGCCUAAAACGACCCUCCCAAACGGGCCCCUCGCCAGCGUCAACGUGGCCACUAGAUUCAACGACCCGACGAUGGCCGAAACAUUAAAUAAACUGCAAGAAUUAGGAAAGAAAAGAAAUCCUAAUGCAUUUCAAGGUGAACCGCAGAAUGGGAAUAAAUUCGUAAGCCCUCGCGGCGGUGCUACCAUGGCGCGGGGAGGAGGAAGCUUCCGUAGGAGCAGAUUUGAUCCUAUUGACCAGAACAAAGAUUGUUGCGUUGUCAUAAAAAAUGCUCAAAAUCAUACGAGCUACGGUGACGUGCGCCGCUUCUUCCCAUACAUGAUCGACAAACACGGUAUCAAAAUGAUCAACGAUAACAUGGGUCGCCGCACCGGAACUAUUUAUGUACGGUUUUGUGAUUCCCAAUCCAAACAGUUAGCAUUGCAACGUAAGAACAACGAGCUAAAGGGAGCUAACGUUAUAGUAGAGAGCUUAGAUGACAGUGUAUAUGAUGCGGCAGUCGAUUCCUUUUUACCCUUCAGGGCUGAGAACGACACGGAUGAAGACCAUGCAAAGUUAGAAGCAGAGAAGAACAAUACUUUGCAAAGUUUCAGCAUACUAAAAUUGUCUGAAUUGCCCAAUUUUGUUAAGGAACACGAAAUUAUUAAAGUGUUCAGUGAUUUCUCAUUACUGUCCAUAAUAUUAGACGAUUGUAGAACGACUCGGACAAAAAUUGCUUACGUUCAAUUCGUAAAGCCAGAAGAUGCCAAAGUGGCUUUCGAACGAAGAGAGAGCUACACAUUUGGAAGACGUCAAGUGUCUCUCACUCCAUUGACUCAAGAAGAAUUUGAAAAUAUAAAACCGAAAGCGGAGAAGGCUGACGGUCCGCAAUUAGAUGCAAUGCAGAAUAAUCAAGAAAAUAAUAUGUCGAUUCCGAGAGACCCGCGCCAGCGCCGGCCGCAACUCGACAACGGCUCCGCAGUGCCCGCCGCGCCAAUGAUGCCAGUGCACCAGCAGCCCCAAGGUUUUUUCCCAAAUCCUUCUUUCCCACAAAAUAUGGGGCAGCCGUUCCCUGGCGCGGCGCCGCAAUACAGGGCAUAUCCUGCCCCCGGGAUAGGAGACCCCAGAACUGCGGCAGCUAACUGGAACAACCGGCCACCGUUCCCAAAUCAACCUAACGUUCAAUUCCAAGCCAAACCGCCCACUAUCAACAACCAACGGGCCGUCACCGUCAAUAUGGAAGAAGAGCCGCUCGACUCGGUUCUUAUGAAAGGUCUGCCGAGAGAAGCGACAGAUCGAACUAUCGUAAAUUUCCUAUCAGAUACGGGCGCGGUUCCGGCUAGGAUACAUCUAAUGUUGGACGGAAGCGGAAUGCCUUCCGGUGAUUGCUUUUGUGAAUUCAGAUCGACGCAAGAAGCGAGGCAAGCCGUCACGAAGCACGGUCAAAUGUUAGACGGCUGUAGAGUCACAGUCGAUUUGGUGACUCGUGGCGUCGUCGAAGAAGCUCUAGAGGGACCGAAAGAGGGCAAAAAUCCUCCUCCUGGACCUAGUCUACUCGGCAGCGCUCCACCGUUCUUCGAAGUGCCGCGCUUCGCCGGCCCCGGCCAACCGUUCAGAGGCCGCGGGGGCUUCGAUAGAGGAGGCUUCGACCGCGGAGGGUUCAGAGCCGGUUUCGACCAAGGCCGGGGCGGGUUCGACAAGAGCCGCGGCGGUUUCGAUCAGGGACGCGGCGGGUUCGACAUGAGCAGGGGCGGGUUCAGAGGUCGCGGCGGUUGGAUGGAUCGCGGUAGAGGGUUCGAUAGAGGCCGGGGCCGUGGCUUCGGGCGAGGCCGAGGGAGCUUUACCAACGGCGAACCCCGCCCGCCGAUGCCGAUGAACGAGCAAGAGGAGCAGGACCCGGCGCUCGAGGACUUCGGAGCGCCGGGCUGCGUGGUCUCCAUGGAGAACGUGCCCUUCCGCGCUACUGUCGAUGACAUCUUAACGUUCUUCACGGAAUUCGAGUUGACCCAAGACGACGUGAUAAGGCGAUACAACGAGCGCGGUCAGCCGACGGGCGACGCGCGGGUCGCGUUCCGCACGCCCUUCGACGCGCAGCGAGCUGUCAAGACGCGACAGAUGAACACCAUCUUCGAUAGACGAAUCAAUCUCACGAUUCUCUAGCCCCUAGCCACUGACGAGAGUGUCAGUACAGAUGAAUCGGACAGUGUGUACGUGAGAGACUUAACGAGCGCAUAACCCACCGGUGUAAAGUGUGGUCGGUGAACGUGUAAAUAAACUACGAUUUGUAGUAAUCAGUGUAAGAAUUUAAAUUUAGGAAAAUCUAGAACGUUUUCUAGAUUAUAACAAUAUUUGUGCACAUAAGUGGCUUUGUUACGUUCCAUACUACGUUAUCGUUUGAAACGCGCUAGUGUAGAUAUUUUGUAAUUAACUGAAUUUAGGAUUAGGUAUGUGAAUACUGAAUACUGACCGUGUAAUAGAAAUAAAAGACUUUCAUAACUUAA